AUGAAUCUUAAUCUGGACGAUUUAUCUGAUGAAAUUUGUUCCAGCGAGCCUAGAUACAUUCUUGUGAGUUAUGAGUUUUGCCGCGAUGACGGUCGGGUUUCUUACCCGUAUUGUCUCAUUUUCUCGAGUCCUAGAAAUAGUCCUAAUGACCUAAAGAUGCUCUAUGCUGGAACGCUUCAUCACUUUACUGACAUUAGUCAGGUUACCAAGGUGUAUGAGUUACAUGACCUUGAGGACUUGAACGAAGAGUGGUUAGUGGAUGAAAUGAAGAAGAAGGGAAUAUAA